GGAUGUUGAUUUGAAAACACUGAAGGGAGGGAGGAGUGAUGGAGGGCAAGGGUAGUGGAGUCGGGGAAGGGUCUUUGCUGUCUAGUGUGCGGUUUAUCCCUCAAAGCAGCUUGAAAAAGAGCGCAAAGAAACGGGAUGUGGAAGAGGUGGGCAAACGGGAAAAAAAAUGCAAAGGGAAGCAGAAGAGGGGCCACAAGGAUCGGAGGUCAUCCGAGAAGCAUAGGAAGGGGAGGAGGAAGUAUGAGGAGAGGAGAGUGGAAAGCAUGUCGUCUGAGUCUGAAUCGGAUAAGAGAGGUAAGCGUAGACACAGUGACAAGGGGAGAAGGGAGGACAAAGAUGGCAAAAGGAGAAUGAAGGGAAGGCCACAGCAUUGGGGCAGCAAAGGACGAAGCUCAGUGGAAGACGAAGAGGAGGCAAGCUGCUUAGAGAGCAGCAGCCGUGGGGAGAGUACUUCUAGAACAUCGUCUGAAAGGUCAUCAUCGUUGGAAACAUCAGCAUCGUCGGGAGAUUCCUCCUCACCGUCAUCGGCAGGCACAGACGAGAAGGGAAGGGGGCAGCGGAUUCGACACUCAAAGAAACGGAAAGAAGUGGAUUUGAGAAAGGCCGCUGCUGACAAAGCUCAUGUGGGACAAGAGGUGUUGAGCCGUGAGUCAGUGGGGCUGGAAUGGAUGACAGUUCCCCUUAGAGGUCCGGUGCCCCCCCCAAAAGAGAACUCAGAGGAGGAGGAGGACAACCGGAGAGAAACAGAGGAGGAGGUGAAGAUAAGUGAGAGGGAGCUUAAUCCCUACCUUAGGGCAGGGGUGGUGAAUCCCUUAGAUGUUGACAAGGCUGGGAAAGCAGGGAGCAGCUCCACUGUGCAUGGACAGCAGGGUUGUAUUGGGAAAGACAGAACAGCGUUGGUGGGUGAUGGAGGUCUCAGUUGGCGAUUGAAAGCACUCAAGCGUGCUAAGCAGCAGGCACUCAGAGAUGGACGUAGCCUUGAGGAGGUGGUUGGUGAUCGCUGGGGAGAUUUAUCUUCCUUGGUUGAACACAAUGCGUCGAGGCAUGCGGCACCGGCCCUUGCUCACUUGCAUGCAAAAGAGCAACGCAAACGUAGAGCACAGAGUGAGGCAGAGGGCACACAUGGAGGCUGUGUGCAGCAGAAUGCAAUCCCAGGGGAUGUCCGGGAAAGGGAUAAACGGCCCCAGACGUGGAGACGAGAAGAUGAGAGGACUGGCAGGGAUGGCCGAAAGCACCAAAGGUUGUUGUCCGGUCAUGGCCAGAUGCGAGCACCUGCUGACCUCAGUGUCUCCUGGAGGAAGAAGGGGGAUAACCUUUGCAGAGGUGGCAGCGGUGGGUCUUCCCAAGGUGCGAGCCAAGCAGGAAAUGCGAGGCUGACAAGGGAGGCUGAUGAGGCAGCACUCAGGCCUGCUCCAUUGAGUGUGAGCAAGAGUCUGAAGGAUGGAAGCUGUUUCGAAAGAUGGGCCCUGAGUGUGAAGGAAAGGGCUGAUGCAGGGGUGCUGGAUAGCGGUCAUGCAGUGCCUUCUGGGCGUGGCGGACUGGAGGGAGGAGGAGGAGGGGUAACAGAGGCUCAGUUUUGUGACCGAGGUAAGAAAGAAGAGGUCCAUGCUGUUGAGAAGGCUGGGGGGAAUGUACGGGCUGGUAUGGGGUUUGAAGGGGAACAUUUCUUGCGAGAUCAGAAGCCAAGUAAAGAAGAUGCGCCUACGAUUGAGCCGCAGAGGGGAAGUGUAGAAGGGAGUGAGAGAGGAUGCUGUGAGGAGAGAGGUGGUGGAGGGGCCUUGCUUGUUUCUCCGGGAGGAGCUGGAAAAGGAGUGGGUGAGAGUGGUGUUGUCGUCCAAGGGCUUACAGCGAACCAAAUCUCUGCAAAGGUGAUGAGACUGCGGUUGAUGGGAAAGACAGAAGAGGCUGAUCGGCUGCAGAAAGUGGCAGAGAGAUUGUCCCACACAGAGGUGGUAGCUCUGCCAAUGAUCGAUGCGCAAGGCCAACCAGUUCCAGGGGCUUUUGGAAAUCCAGCUUUGCCGGUGCAAAUGGAUGACCAAGGGCACCGGCGGCCCAAGCGAACCCAAAGGUAUCUGGAGCCAACUGGGAACACAGGGAAAGCACAAGGGGACGAUGCGCAUGACCUCAAGAUGAGAGUGGGGGAGCGCGCGAGGUACUAUGCGGAUGACGAUGACCGUGAAUUGAAGUCUUUGGUUGCCAGUAGCAAGUAUGGACGCGAUGGUGAUGAUUAUGAUGGGAACUUUGCGGAUAACGUGGUGCGUAACAAGAGAUUUAAGGCAAUUCGAGUGGAUGAUGAAUAUGACUACGACGAGGGUUUGGAAAUGUAUGAAGAUCGUGCGAAGAAAGCGUCGAGUGACAAACGUCUGCAGAAAGACAGAGAGAGGCAGAUCGGAGAUUUCCGACGGCUGCAAACGCAACAAGAACGAUGCGCAUUCUGCUUUGAGAAUCCCAGAAGGCCUUCGCAUCUCAUGAUCUCUAUCGCAACCCGAGCCUACAUGAUGCUACCGGACAGGGCCCCAUUGGUGGAGGGUCAUUGUCUGAUUGUAACCAUGGAGCACCAAGGUUCAAUGCGGAAUGUGGACGACGACGUGUGGGAAGAGGUGCGAAACUUCAAGAAAUGCCUGGUGCGAAUGCACGCAAAAGAGGAGAGGGAGGUGCUUUUUAUGGAGACUGUCCUAGGUCUCUCGAAACAGAAACGCCAUUGCUAUGUGGAAUGCAUUCCGGUCCCUGUGGACACAGCGAGGCAAGCGCCGCUCUACUUUAAGAAGGCGAUCGACGAGUGUGAGUCGGAGUGGAGCCGGCAUGAUGCCAAGAAGCUUAUUGACACUAGAAUUAAGGGGUUAAGGCCAAGCAUACCGAAGAAUUUCCCCUACUUCCACAUCGAGUUCGGGUUGCAGGGUGGUUACUGCCACGUCAUAGAUGACGAGAGUUCCUUUAAAAGCCAUUUUGGGCGCGAUGUGUUGAUUGGAAUGUUGGAUCUGCCUCCUGAAGACAUGCACAGACGCCCUGCCCAUGAGCACGUUGAAAGGCAGAAACGGGCAGUCAGGGACUUUGUACGGCAGUGGGAACCGUACGAUUGGACCAAGAUGCUUGAUUGAUUAAAGACCCGAACUGAGCAUGGAAGAAAGGGAUAUAGGUUGAUUGGUUCUUGGAAACAUGUGUGUGAUAUGCUGGAAAGCAGCCGCUGGGAUUAUGCUCUGAGAUUGAUUGCUGUGGGUUCACUCAUCAGCGCACGGAUAUGCUACCUAGAGAUGAUUAGAACAUGAGAGCAACAGAAGCAGGGCACCAAGGUAAUUUGCAUGGCAUUGGGACCCAGUGGAUCGGGAGAAGAUGCUUGAUGAGGAGGCAGAGCAAUGGGAGAGAGAACUGGCUCCCCGGAGUUAGGAUCGAUGCUGCUCUGCUCUGCGGGGUCAAGUCGGUGAGAUGGUAUCAGCUCGGGCUGGGAUCUGGGGUUUGGCAAAGUUUUCUCUCACAGUCCACCGACCUUCGUUGCCGGCAAUGAAGUGCGCCGCCCCUU